UUCAAAGUGUUCUUGACUCAAAAUCUCACAAUUUAGAAGGAAGAAAAAUUGUUGUAGCUCCUCACACGACCCAAGAAGACAUUUAAAGCAAAAUUUCACAUAAAAAAAAAUAAUUUUAAGUAGUUUUUUAGUAGUAACGAUCAUGGAUUAUUCGGAUUUGAACGAACUAAUUGCCGAAACGGAGUCGCCCUUGUACCAAGAAUUCAACAGAGCCGCCGAAUAUCUUAAAACGCAUCACGAUAAACUCAUGCCCGAUGAUUUGUUGGAUCUUUAUGCCUUUUACAAGCAAGGCCUCGUCGGGGAUUGCAACGUUUCCAAACCCGGGAUCUUUCAGAUGACAUCUCGCGCCAAAUGGAGUGCCUGGAAUAACUUACGAGGCAUGUCCAAUGACGAUGCCAUGCAAAAAUACGUCGAAAAAGUCAAUAAUUUGUUCGAAAAUUGGCAGGAAAACUCAAAUCCCCAACAAGGAACGUCUUGGGUAGCGACUUCUCGCCCACAUUUUGACGAGGAAAUAGACGAUGCGGGAAAAACUUUGACCGAUUUCGUUCAAGAUGGUAAUUUGGAGCAAGUUUCUUCGUUUUUAGCGAGAUUAUCUGCAACUGAGGUCAAUGAAAUCGACGAACAAGGUAUGGGAUUGCUUCAUUGGUGCACAGAUCGCGGGCAUGAAGCACUUUUAAAACUUUUUUUGAAGCAACCAGGUGUUGAUAUCAAUCUCAGAGACGGCGAUGGACAAACUGCGUUGCAUUAUGCGGCGUCUUGCGGGCAUAUCGGGUGCUUACGAACACUGUUGGAAGCUGGAGCAGACCAAAAAAUACUUGACAACGAUGGAAAUUGCUUCUUAAGUGUCGCGUAUGAUGAUUCCGUGGCAAAAGUCGUUCACGAAAUCAACAAUCAGUGAGGUAUUUGUUAAGAAAUGCAGUCUAAUAAAUGAUAAA